CAAAUCCUCCGCUUGCUUGAGCAUGUCUAACUGAUCUAGCCGUUGUAGCUUCUCGAGAGAACCAGACAAUGAGUGACGCUUACUUCUCUGACGAUUCGAGCUUCUACGGAGACGCAAGCUAUGUCGAGGCACUCGAGGAAAAAGUCGAAAACUUGGAUAUAGAACAGUAUUGGGACAGCCAUGGCCGCGAUCUCAACGUUAUUUUUGGCCCCGCCUCUCAGGAGGACCAGCCGGAUAUCCCGGAUGGCAGCCUGCACAACCGUUACGAAGGCGAAGAAUGUGCAUGGCAGCUCCACGAAACGGUAGAUGACUUUGUCACACGGCUCCCCGUUCUAGGAAGUACUCGAGUUGGUCCGUGGAUCUGGGUUGCCAAUCCAUACGCAGAGCGGGAAGCUUCUGAACCUGAACAUCGCCAUGCGCUGUUCAUGCAACGAGCUCCGCGUUUGCUCUCAGCCUAUCUAGACGAGAAGCAACAUCUCUUCAAUGCAAACCCAGCCGCUGCUCCAGCAACUAUCACAAGAAGAUUGAAACCAGCCCGUGACAAGCUCAAAGACGAUAUUUUGACUAUGGCCAAGGAAACUGGUAUGACUUCAGGGAAGUGGAUGCUCUUCCCAGCCGAGGAGGACGCCUCUGCAAUGUGGAAGCGCGUUGUUGAGGGCGUUGUCAAGGGAAAACUGGGAACAGCGGCGAAGAUCGCCACAGAUGGGAGCACUCGCCUCAUCUGUGUCUACACAAAGGACUUCAAUGACGAAGAAGAUGUGAAACGUGUUUUGCAGUCUAUGGAGAAGAUGGAUUUACUGCAGAAGCACGAAAGGGGCAUUUAUUACAAGUGCGAUGCCUAUACCUACCUUGAUAUUGGCUCGGGCAAUGAGUACGGGCUGCAGGCAAGCCUGUACUCGAGCAAAGACAUGUUAGCUGGCAAAACAACACCAAAGAGUAGCACGAAACGUGAAGAAAACUUGAGAAAGACGGCCAGCGUUGGCGCAGGCGCGAAGGCAGCAGGCAAGAAGAAAAAGACCUGAAUCGAGUAGAUUACGAGGGAAAUCGUCGGGAUUCAGCUCGACGUGUGUACAUUUAUUUUCACGCCGUCCGAGUCAUUUCGACCUAUCGAUACGCAAGGGUUCGCGUGCAGCGGUGGGUUUGAUAGCACUUUAAGGCGAUCGAAUUUAAGAUGAGGACGCAUGAUGACGGGAACGAUGCGUGAAUCUUCCUUCCACAGCC